UUGCACAACAUAUUGUCGAAUUAAUCCUUGUUCUGCCGCCGAAUGCCAUUGACAGAGAUGCAUUAUGGGGUUUAAUUACAAAACAAAUCAUGUUUCAAAGGGAUCUCUCGGAAUCAGUCUGCGCCGCGAAUCUGUGGAUUCAAAAUUGAGCGGGGGAUAUUUUCAUAAAGCAGCAUGCAAUAUAUAAUACUCGAGUACUGCGGUAGUUACUGCUCCACAUUAAAAUGCCUGGUAAACUAAACUGGUCAAUUAUUGUGCUUAUGUCAGUAUUUGGUUCCACUCGGCGACAUUCUGCGGGGAAGCAUUAUCGUGCUACAAUUAGUAAACAGCCAAAUGAUUUUGAACAUGCACUUCAUUCUGCCGCUCCUAAGAACUGUUCACUUGAUGGCGAAAGCUCUUUUACAAUCUACUACUGGCCCCCACUCGUAAGGAUUAGCGGACGAGAUGAUUGUUUUUCAUGCGCUUUUCUUAAGUUAGUGUCCCGCUAAUGAGAAUAAUAUUCGCAAAAGCAGAAAAGCACUGAAAUGGAAAGGCGAGUUGAAACAAAGCGUCUCUUUGCAAGCGAGUUAAACUGCGGGGGUAACUAACCCUCUGUAUCAGAUCCAGGAAGAUGAACUGUGUGAGAGAGAAGUACUUAAUCUUCCGGGAGCGUCAGAGACUAUUUUGAAGAUUAGAUCUGCGUUUCCAUCAGGACGCGAGCAAAGAUUUAAUCAUUCCUCAAUGUACUAAAGCAAAGAAGUUGUCGAGGGCGAAUGUUGCCAGAUUUGAAGUUAAUCUUCACGUCGCAUCCCUGCUUGGGGAUCAGCGGCUCUGCUGCCCUCAUUUGAGAGCGCGCACGGAGAGGGACGUUCGCUGUCCGCUCUUCACCACUUUGUGUCUCGGUUCUUAGUAUGCACUGAGUCGAAAUGAGUGAGGGACGCGUUACUUGGACAAUUUGAAGAGGGAAGCGUUGUCCCGUUAGCACGGAUGGGGUAAAGAACUGGGAGACGGAGCUCGUUCUGAGCUUACCACCAACAAUUACGGGAGGAUUUUUUUUUUCUCACCAGAAUGCGAGAGAGGAAGAUGUGGGUCGGCUGCCAAUUUCCUUGCGGUACGGAUACAAACAAGAACGUGAAAAUUAGCAGCCUGAAAUAGAGGAAAAAUAGAGCUCAAUGUUAAAUUUGACUCUAGAACGUGUACCAUGGAGAAAAGGAAGGGACUGUUCAUUUCACUGUUUUACUUUAUGGCCAAGAUUUGGUUGAGUUCGCAGCAAGUCCUUAGAAUCGGGGGCAUUUUUGAGACCCUUGAGAAUGAGCCUAUAAGUCUAGAAGAACUAGCCUUCAAAUUUGCUGUAACCAAUAUAAACCGAAAUCGAACCCUGAUGCCAAACACCACAUUGACCUAUGAUAUCCAGAGGAUAAACCUGUUUGAUAGUUUCGAGGCCUCCCGGAGAGCCUGCGACCAGCUGGCGUUGGGCGUGGCGGCGGUCUUUGGCCCCUCCCACAGCUCCUCGGUCAGCGCGGUGCAGUCCAUCUGCAACGCCCUGGAGGUGCCGCACAUCCAGACGCGCUGGAAGCACCCCUCCGUGGACAACAAGGACACCUUCUACGUCAACCUGUACCCCGAGUACGCCUCCAUCAGCCGGGCCAUCCUGGACAUCGUGCAGUUCUACAAGUGGAAGGCCGUCACCGUGGUCUACGAGGACAGCACGGGUCUGAUUCGUCUGCAGGAGCUGAUCAAGGCGCCGUCCAGGUACAACAUUAAAAUCAAAAUCCGUCAGCUCCCGACCGGGAACAAGGACGCCCGGCCUCUCCUGAAGGAGAUGAAGAAGGGGAAGGAGUUCUACGUGAUCUUCGACUGCUCUUACCAGACCGCUGCGGUCAUUCUCAAACAGAUAUUGUCCAUGGGGAUGAUGACAGAAUACUACCAUUUUUUCUUCACUACUCUAGACCUGUUUGCGUUGGAUCUGGAGCCUUACAGAUACAGCGGCGUGAACAUGACCGGGUUCCGCCUCCUCAACAUUGACAAUGCACAAGUGGCCUCCGUGGUGGAGAAGUGGUCGAUGGAGCGUCUGCAGGCCCCGCCCAAACCCGAGAGCGGACUUCUGGACGACAUGAUGACGACCGAGGCGGCGCUGAUGUAUGACGCCGUGUACAUGGUCGCCGUGGCGUCGCAGCGGGCCAAUCAGAUGACCGUGAGCUCCCUGCAGUGCCACAGGCACAAGCCCUGGCGCUUCGGCCCGCGCUUCAUGAACAUGUUCAAAGAGGCUCAGUGGAACGGCCUGACGGGACUUAUAGUCAUAAACAAGACGGACGGCCUGCGGAAGGAGUUUGACUUGGACGUCAUCAGUCUCAAGGAGGACGGCAUGGAAAAGAUUGGAGUCUGGAACUCCAACGGUGGCCUUAACUUGACUGACAGCAACAAGGAAAAGUCCACAAACGUCACGGAUUCCAUGGCGAACAGAACUCUGGUGGUCACCACUAUUCUGGAAAACCCAUAUGUAAUGUACAAGAAGUCAGACAAACCCUUGUAUGGCAACGACCGGUUCGAGGGGUACUGCCUGGACCUGCUGAAAGAGCUGUCGAACAUCCUUGGCUUCGCGUACGAGGUGAAGCUGGUGACGGACGGGAAGUACGGGGCGCAGAACGACAAGGGGGAGUGGAACGGCAUGGUCCGAGAGCUUAUAGACCACGUAGCUGAUCUAGCGGUGGCUCCGCUGACCAUCACUUACGUGCGGGAGAAGGUGAUCGAUUUCUCCAAGCCGUUCAUGACCCUGGGGAUCAGCAUCCUGUACCACAAGCCCAACGGCACCAACCCGGGGGUGUUCUCCUUCCUCAACCCGCUGUCCCCCGACAUCUGGAUGUACGUGCUGCUGGCGUGCCUGGGGGUCAGCUGCGUGCUGUUCGUCAUCGCCAGGUUCACACCCUACGAGUGGUACAAUCCACACCCCUGCAACCCGGACUCCGACGUGGUUGAGAACAACUUCACUCUGCUCAACAGCUUCUGGUUUGGAGUGGGAGCCCUCAUGCAGCAAGGAUCAGAGCUGAUGCCCAAAGCUCUGUCCACCAGGAUCGUCGGGGGGAUCUGGUGGUUCUUCACGCUGAUAAUAAUAUCGUCCUACACCGCCAACCUGGCUGCCUUCCUGACGGUGGAGAGGAUGGACUCGCCGAUCGACUCCGCGGACGACCUGGCGAAGCAGACGAAAAUCGAGUACGGAGCCGUGAGGGACGGAUCCACCAUGACGUUUUUCAAAAAAUCCAAAAUAUCCACAUAUGAAAAAAUGUGGGCAUUCAUGAGCAGCAGGAAAAACACGGCCCUGGUCAAAAACAACCGUGAGGGAAUCCAGAGAGUCCUGACCACAGACUAUGCCCUUCUGAUGGAGUCCACCAGCAUUGAGUACAUCAGCCAGAGGAACUGCAACCUCACUCAGAUUGGAGGCCUGAUCGACUCCAAGGGCUAUGGGGUGGGAACUCCUAUAGGUUCACCGUACAGAGAUAAAAUCACCAUAGCGAUUCUCCAGCUGCAGGAAGAAGGGAAGCUCCACAUGAUGAAGGAGAAGUGGUGGAGAGGGAACGGUUGCCCCGAGGAAGACAACAAAGAGGCCAGCGCCCUGGGCGUGGAGAACAUCGGGGGCAUUUUCAUAGUGUUAGCGGCCGGGCUCGUCCUCUCUGUGUUUGUAGCCAUCGGGGAGUUUAUAUAUAAGACCAGGAAAAACGCGGACAUCGAGCAGGUGAGUGUGGGUCAGUGCUCCUGGCACAAGUACUGACACCGGGUCUCGCUGCGACUUCGCACAACCUCAAAUCAUGUGAACAAAUCCGACUUUGUGUCGCGCGUCAACGAUUAUACGCUUGCAAAUAUAUUUAGGGGCUGUAUGAGGCCAGCAAACGGGUUUUAAGUUCUAAUUUGAAUGUGAGGAACUGCAUGGCUAUGACAAAGCAAGUAAUACAUCUGUAGGAAUUUAGUGUAGUCAUAUAGUACAGUAGUUAGGACUAAUUUUUGAACAUACUAUCCUUUGUGCUAUAGGACUACUAUCCCUAUUAAUGUUACAGUAGUUAUGACUUAACUUGUAUUGAACAUUUUACUUUUAGCGACACGGCGCUAUCCCUGUUGGUCCUGUUAGCGGGAAGAGACUGUUGCUGUGUAUUCAGCAGAUAUUGCUUGACUGUUUUGGCCUUGCUGUUGUUCACAUUUGUUGUGUACAGAUGUUUAUAGUGUACAUUGGUCCAUGUCAUAGCACCAUGGGCAUAUGGUGUAACACACCUACAUAGGGUGUGCAGGAAUACUUCAUUAUCAAUAAAAUUUAUAUUUAAAUUAACUUUUCUGAAUUAUAACCAGCAGAGAUCCAGGUAUUGUAAUCACAGUACCUUUUCUCCAAAUAGUAUGCACAUGGACUUCUUAAUUUAGAUGGAAAUAUAUCCGAAAGGAUUCCAUACACACCCUAAAAAUUUUACUCAUCUGAUUUAUUUUGCUUGGUUUUUUUGUUUUGUUUUGUUUUGUUUUUUUCAGCUAAGAUGUGAAUUUAUUACACAGUAAUAUCAUAUUCCUCCUGGGUGAAAGUGUACUGAGAAUGGAAAGCGAGUUUUCAGGACUUUUAUUAUGGAGUCACUUUGCUCGUGUAUACGCUUCUCUGCUUUUGUAUAACUCUCAUCGCUGAUGUUUAUGAAAAUGCAUGUAUCUUAUCAAGUGUUUUUAUUGUGUUGGAAUGGCUGUUUUGGAAUGGCUUUUAAGUUACGUGGCAACUUUGUGCAUGUUUUUACUUUUUUUAUUUAUCUUUUUUAAAAUCUUACUUUGUCUCUUCUAAUUUUGUUAUGACUGCAUUUUGUUUCUGUUGUUUGUUCUGCAUGCAAGGCCUUUUUUCAAAUCCAAGCAAAUG